AUGGCGUCCCAUGCCAGGGGCCUUGCGGGGCUCGUCUACCACAGCUUUGCGACAGGCCUAUUCCGAACACAACAUGCGACACUCCCCGGCUCGCUAUCCGGCUCCGGCAGCUCCCACAUUCUGUCCGCCGUUCGGCUACGAUUGGCACUCCUCCCGCCAGUCUUUGCGGCUGCCCCAAGUGUCCGCUUCUUCUCGUCCUCGCUGCCAAAUCGCGGCAAGGGCCCCAUGGGCAAGGCAACCAAGAAUAUCCCAUCACAAUACCAACCACGAUAUCCAGCAAAGCCACAGCCGGCCACACGGUCAUCACCGUCAACACCGUCAACACAGGCACCCAUGGAACAGGCUAAAACACGAGCCGCGCCUAUCAAUACCGCCCUACCGCGAUCAGGCCCGAGUACCGUUCCUGGCUCCACCUCCACAGCUUCUGCUGUCACCGCCGCUGCUGGCCCUGUUCUUGGCAACGGUUUCGCCGAGCAGCUCGGCCGCCGGUCCGUCAGUACAUUGCUCUACGAGGCGCCGUCCCACCUUGUGUUCCGCAUGACAUCCCUGUUGGCCGGCGUCGCCACCAUCGCGUACACUCUCAUAAAUUACUGGACCAUCUUUGUUUAUCCGCCCGAGAAUAUGCUGUGGUGGGUGCCGCACGCCUUUGCCGUCAUUUGCGGUGCCAUGAUUGCAGGCGGCGUCUACUUCGUGUCGGGCAGCGUCGGCAUCGUCCGCGUCAUCCACGCCAUCCCGUCGGGGCGCAUCGAGGCCAUUGCCGGCAAGGGCGCGGCGGCCACGGCAGCGCGUGCCGUCAAGGACGCUGGCGGUGGUCCCAUGCCACCUAUUAUUUUGGAGCUCGAGAUCGGACGCGUGCUGCCCAUUCUGCCGGCACGCAAGCGGUACAUUCUGCCCGAGACGAUGGAGGUGCCGUUCCGGUUUGCGUCGUACGGUCUGAGCGGUGACGCGCUGCCGACGGGAGCUGCCGGCGCGGUCGCCGCCACGGGUGCUGUUGUGACCAGCGCCGAGCGCGUCAAGGCGCACGCGGCCGAGACAGAGCGCCAGGCCAAGGCCCGCGAGUACGAGAUGAACCACUUGAUGACGGCGCCGUUCCGCCACGCCGCCCUGGGCGCAAACACCGGUUGGAAGCAGGUCCGCCGCGUGUUCUCGCGCGAGGGCUUCAUCAAGGUCAUUGUCAACGGCGACCGCCAAAAGAUGGACGUCAUGGGCGGGUGGGCGUUGGAGAAUGGCCGCGCACUCGACCGCCUGGUCAGGAUCAAAAAUGAUAUCAAAUGA